UCCGCCGAGUGUGAUGAGGCUGCCCCCUCUCGCUGCUCCGCUCGCCGCCAGCUGACAGCGCCGGCUCCCAGCCCGCCCCGGAGGGCAGACGCCGCGGGGCCGUGACCUUGGCCGAGGAGGUGAGCAUCAGACACUUUUUCAAAUGAGUAUCCAGAAGAUCAAAGUCAGUUAAAACCAUUGCCAAACGACUAUUCUAACUAAAAGAUUGUCAUUUCUUACAACUUCCCGAGGGUACUGUAGGUGUAAAUUCAGAUUUUAAAAAAACAAAAACAAAAAACCAAACAAACAAAAACUAUUUCUGUGCCACUUCCUCCAGCUGGCCCUGACAUCGCAGACCACUAAUCCCAGUAUCUGAGAGCGCACCGAGUGUGGGGUGACAUGGCCCAGGGGAAUAAUUACGGGCAGACCAGCAACGGGGUGGCAGAUGAAUCGCCCAACAUGCUGGUGUACAGAAAGAUGGAAGACGUCAUAGCUCGCAUGCAAGAUGAAAAAAAUGGAAUUCCUAUUCGUACUGUCAAAAGCUUUCUUUCCAAGAUACCUAGCGUCUUCUCUGGGUCAGACAUUGUUCAGUGGUUAAUAAAGAACUUAACUAUAGAAGAUCCAGUGGAGGCUCUCCAUUUGGGAACAUUAAUGGCUGCCCAUGGCUACUUCUUUCCGAUCUCAGAUCACGUCCUCACACUCAAAGAUGAUGGCACCUUUUAUCGGUUUCAGACACCCUAUUUUUGGCCAUCAAAUUGUUGGGAGCCAGAAAACACGGAUUAUGCGGUUUACCUAUGCAAGAGAACAAUGCAAAAUAAGGCAAGGCUGGAACUAGCAGACUAUGAAGCUGAGAGCCUGGCCAGGCUGCAGAGAGCAUUUGCUCGAAAGUGGGAGUUCAUUUUUAUGCAAGCAGAAGCACAAGCAAAAGUGGACAAGAAGAGAGACAAGAUUGAAAGGAAGAUCCUGGAUAGCCAAGAAAGAGCAUUCUGGGACGUCCACAGACCUGUGCCUGGAUGUGUAAAUACCACUGAAGUGGACAUUAAGAAGUCAUCCAGAAUGAGAAACCCACACAAAACACGGAAGUCUGUCUAUGGUUUACAAAAUGACAUUAGAAGUCACAGUCCUACCCACACACCCACACCAGAAACUAAACCUCCAACAGAAGAUGAGUUACAACAACAGAUUAAAUAUUGGCAAAUACAGUUAGAUAGACAUCGGUUAAAAAUGUCAAAAGUUGCUGAUAGCCUGUUAAGUUACACGGAACAAUAUUUAGAAUAUGACCCAUUUCUUGUGCCACCUGACCCUUCUAACCCAUGGCUGUCUGAUGAUACUACCUUCUGGGAACUCGAAGCAAGCAAAGAACCAAGCCAACAGAGGGUAAAACGAUGGGGUUUUGGCAUGGAUGAAGCACUGAAAGACCCAGUUGGGAGAGAACAGUUCCUUAAAUUUCUAGAAUCAGAAUUCAGCUCAGAAAAUUUAAGAUUCUGGCUAGCAGUGGAGGACCUGAAGAAAAGGCCUAUUAGAGAAGUCCCUUCCCGAGUUCAAGAAAUAUGGCAAGAAUUUCUGGCUCCAGGAGCCCCCAGUGCCAUUAACUUGGAUUCUAAGAGCUACGAUAAAACAACACAGAAUGUGAAGGAGCCUGGACGAUACACAUUUGAAGAUGCUCAGGAGCACAUUUACAAAUUGAUGAAAAGUGAUUCAUACCCACGUUUUAUAAGAUCCAGUGCCUAUCAAGAGCUUCUACAGGCAAAGAAAAAGGGCAGAAACAUCCCUAUUUUCCCAUGCCAUAAAAACUGUACACCAACACUGAGGGCCAGCACUAACCUGUUAUGAAAAGAGGGGAAAUCUCUCACCUCAAAGAGGUUAACAAGCCUCGUUCAGUCUUACUAAAAGGAUCAUCUUGUAGCAUGGAAGCAGACUGGAGUCAUUGCAUAUACUUUGUAGCUCUUUGUUGUUACCUGGAGCAGAGGACAUUAGACCAAGAUGUUGCAUGAGCAAAGGACCUGAAUUGUUCUCUUUGUGUACAUUAAGGCAUUGCCAUUCCAAGUGACUCUACCAUCUCAAUGCCUCCAUUUCAAAAUGUUGUCUGCUUACUUUCUCCUUGUAUUAAGCUGGAUCUGUGUCUUUUCCUUUUUGAUGAGUUCGAGUGAAGUAAACCUUUUUUUUUUCUUUCUCUUGCUCUUAAAACUUCUGCUAGACACACAGUUCACUGAAAAUUCACUGUCAAAAACUGGAAGAAUUGUAAAAGAAAAAAACAUAUAUCAAUAAGUAUACAUAUGGCUUCACAUUUAUUAAACAAUAAAUUAGCACAGAAAGUUUCAUUUUCACCAAUGUGUUCAUAGUCAGAAACAAGCUCAUGUCUUUGUCUGUUGUCUGUACAUUCUCGGUUGAUGUUUCUUGCAUUUAUUUUUAUACCAUAUUUAAAUAAGAAACACCUUUUACUCCAAAUGUAUUAAAGUUGAUCCCUUCUCUGUAAAUUUGUGUAUGUUUAUAUUGUUGUUUUAUCUUUCAUUAAAAGAU